AUCAUCAAGCCUAGUUUAUUUCAGUUAACUGAGGAUUAUAUUCACGAGGCAGGAAGUUGUAGCAGAGGAAGCAAUCACAGUUCAUGCAGAGGGUGCAUAUUUUUCACUUAUAAACGGAUAUGACAGACUUGCUGUGGUCAGAUCAUCCAAAAUGGAUUCAAAUCCACCAGUUUGCAGGUUAAGAAACCACGUACUAAGUGCAUGUUUUGCUUGGAUUACAUUCUGCCUGAUUGUAUGGCAACUGAAUUGUUUCCAAAUCGGAACAUUUCAUCUCCCUGCCCCUAAACCAUUUUCUCGAAAAAAUUAUUCAUCACCAGUAUCAGUGUUUGACAUGGGAAUCAGUGAUGAGGAGUGGGAAAGACUACAGAAGGCUCUUAACUGGCCCGGUCCAGAUCAACUAAUCACUCAGCUGAAUCUGACCACAAGUCCAGUCCACUCGACAUUCUCUGUUGUGGAACCCAAAAACAGUUACAAAGUAGGAGAAAACAUCUCCGUUAUUAUCACAGCUAGAGACCACAACAAGAACCCGAAAACAUAUGGAGGAGAUUUUUUCAAAGCAAAGCUUUUCAAUUCAGAGCUAAAGGCGAGUGUGUACGGGGAGGUUGUGGAUCAUCGUAAUGGGACUUACUCUGUUGUUCUUCUUCUUCCCUGGGAAGGUCAGGCACAAGUUUUUGUGCGUCUUGAGCACUCCAGUGAAGUUGUGCAGAUUCUUAAAAAAUACAGGGAGUCUUCAUUUCCACGCAGCCACUAUAAUGGCCACUUUGAAGGGCUAGGACCAGACAAAAAGAUAAUAAGGGAAGUAGUACAAUGUAAUAUUAAGUGGGGUGCAGAAGGAAACUGGAGAAGAGGUAACUGCUGUUGUGAGUAUAAGGAUAUUAAAACAGGAACCCUGUGGCAAUGUGAGAGACCCAAGAAACUUCCCUGUAACAAACUGGUUCAUCACUCAAAAGGAAGUUUGGAAAACCCAUUAAAUCCAUUUGAGAAGGGUCUUUUUGCAAAGGCAUUAACAAAUGUUCCCAUUACUGGAGACAAACAAGUCAUCAAUAUCCUUCCCAACACUGCAGGCAUUGGCAAAACGGAGAAAUGCAGAUCUGGCUUGACAACACCAGUUCCAGCGGGGUUCUAUUUCAAAGAUGUUUGGACGUCUUUUGUAUGCAACACUCAACAGUUUAAUUCUUCAAAAAUGUGGAACUGUCUACAAAAUAAGAUUGUCUACAUGAUGGGAGACUCCACCACAAGGCAGUGGUUUGAAUUUUUUGAAAAUAAAGUGCCAGGCAUAAAAAGAAUGGACCUCCACACUCCUCGUUUGGCGGGACCCCUGAUGGCUGUGGAAUUAAAAAAUAAUAUCAUUAUUCACUGGAGGCCUCAUGGUGUUCCUUUGCGGUUUACUAUAAUGCCUAUGACCGACCUGCAUUAUAUCGCCAAUGAUAUUGAUAAAAUAGCCGGUGGUCCUCAUGUAGUCGUUGUCUUUACACUCUUUGCCCACCUGGUGUUUCAUCCAAUAACAUUUUAUGUUCAUAAAGUGGCCAAAAUCCGUCAGUCUGUUGUAGCGCUGCUAAGUCGCGCGCCAGAGACCACCGUCAUCAUCAAGUCUGGAAACACUGCAGGUCUAAAGGACAUUUUUCAAAGUGACUGGUAUGCGGUGCAAGAAAACAUAGUGAUGAAAGAGAUGUUCAGAGAUAUUGAUGGAGUAAUCUACUUUGAUGUCUGGCAGAUGACUUCCUGUCACUAUCUCACUGAAAAUGUUCACCCAGGACCUGUUGUCAUAGCUAAUGAAAUCAACAUGUUUCUCUCAUAUGUCUGUCCUGCCUAAAAAACAAUAUUUGUUUUUUCAUCUAAAGCAUAAAAUAAAAAUACGUUGCAUUAGAAACUUAAUAAUAUUAACUUUUGUGUAAAUAUACAUUUAGUAAAUAAAGUGCUUUUGUAUGUUAUAAUAAUCUGUACAUUAAAUGCCUUUUAUGUUGCCAAAAUACUUUUAAGCAUGC